CAGACGUUGGUUGCUUGCGGCCCAUUUAGGCGCUAAACUAGCUUCCGCAAUCUACACAGCGCAAAACUAGCUACAAUAGGACAAUUUGACUGAACAAGGAUAAACUAGGAAAAGCUACCUAACAUUGACACUCGGGUGGAAACGUUGGACGGAAAGACCGGCUUAGUCUCUUUCUAUUAUGGAUCAGGACUCUGAAGACCCGUCCAGCCCGUCUCCAUCCUGCUCCACUGAACCCCAACCCAUGGUGUCCCCUGGUCAUGAAAGUAACCAUGGUGACAAGGAGGAGGGUGACCAGGGUUGUCAGAAGAUGGUUGCCUUGAGCCUCGACUACGGUGGUGAAAUAAGACCAGGAAUGAAUGUUGCAGUCAAAGAGGCUGGCAUGUACUGGGCAUGGAAUUGUACUGGAGAGAGUUCCAAUACAAACUCUGGUAGCGAGUGGAAUCCUUCUGCAUCGGAACAACCGGGACAUUCUACAUCAGAACAACCGGAACAUUCUACAUCAGAACAACCGGGACAUUCUACAUCAGAACAACCGGAACAUUCUACAUCAGAACAACCUGAACAUUCUACAUCAGAACAACCGGAACAUUCUACAUCAGAACAACCGGAACAUUCUACAUCAGAACAACCGGGACAUUCUACAUCAGAACAACCGGAACAUUCUACAUCAGAACAACCUGAACAUUCUACAUCAGAACAACCGGAACAUUCUACAUCAGAACAACCGGAACAUUCUACAUCAGAACAACCGGAACAUUCUACAUCAGAACAACCGGAACAUUCUACAUCAGAACAACCGGAACAUUCUACAUCAGAACAACCGGAACAUUCUACAUCAGAACAACCGGGACAUUCUACAUCAGAACAACCGGAACAUUCUACAUCAGAACAACCGGAACAUUCUACAUCAGAACAACCGGAACAUUCUGCAUCAGAACAACCAGAACAUUCUACAUCAGAACAACCGGAACAUUCUACAUCAGAACAACCGGAACAUUCUACAUCAGAACAACCGGGACAUUCUACAUCAGAACAACCGGAACAUUCUACAUCGGAAGAAAAUGAAGAACCUGGAUAUUCUAAAUUAGGAGUACUUGAACAUUCUACAUCAGAACAACCUGAACAUUUGACAUCAGGAGAACCCGAACAACACCAGGAGAGGCACACACCAGCUCUGACAUCCCGCUGCUCAGUGUGUGGAAAAGACUGUAAACAUUUAUCAGCGCUAAAAGUCCACAGGAGAUCCCACACAGGAGAGAAGCCUUACUCCUGCCUUGACCGGGGCAAGAGUUUUGCUCAAAAUGGUACGCUGAAAGUCCACCAGAGGAUGCACACUGGGGAGAAGCCUUUCCUCUGCGCAGACUGUGGCGAGAACUACCAAACCAACGGGAAGCUGAUAGAGCACCAACGGAAACAUCACCCAGAGAACGUGAUCGACCCCUGGUGCACCGUGUGUAGACUAGCGUUCAGCUCUCAGCUCAAGCUGGAACGGCACCUGAAGACUCACACCGGGGAGAACCCUUACUGCUGCCCUUUCUGUAGCAAGAGGUUCUCCACCAAAUGGAGCAUGAUGCAACACCAGCAGGUCCACAGUGGAGAGAAGCCCUACUCCUGCUCUGACUGUGGCAAGCGCUUCACUCAUAGAUCCACUGUGUCGACGCACGAGAGGAAACACUGCAUUCACCGAAUCCGAGUGGAGCCCCCCUCCGGAACAGGACAACGGGAGAACAGCAAACCCAGGAAGACUUACUCUUGCUCGGAGUGUGGAAGAGUUUGCCUGACGUUAUCUUUUCUGCAGAUACACAUGAGAAAACACACGGGAGAGAAGCCGUACCACUGCCCCGAGUGUGAGAAGAAGUUCGCUACUAAAUCCCAAGUGAAAGCUCACCAGCGGACGCACACUGGAGCGAAACGGUUCUCCUGCCCCGACUGUGGGCAGGACUUUGCUUAUCUACGUGGUAUGAAAGUGCACCAGAAUAAACGGCACGCUGAGCAGAAUGCAACGUCGGACCAGCCUCCUAUCAAAACCCACAGCUGCUCAGUUUGUGGACGACAGUUUUCUGCCAGGAAUACUCUAGGAAGACACCUCCUGAUCCACUCUGGGGUGAAGCCGCACAAGUGUGCCGAGUGUGGGAGGUGCUUCGCUCAGAAGAACAACCUGAAAUCCCACCAGCUGACUCACACAGGAGAGAAGCCUUACAGCUGUGAUCAAUGUGGGAAGAGGUUCACUCGGAAAAGAGCUAUGAAAAUACACCAGCAGUCCCCCUGCGCUGUGAUAGAAGCAGAGACCAGCCACCAUGGCAGAAAAUCCAAGUUACAAACACCCAAGAAAUCACUUCAAAUUGAGGGUACCAAGAAAUCACCUACACUGGGGAGACCCAGGACAUCACCUACACUGGGGAGACCCAAGACAUCACCUACACUGGGGAGACCCAAGACAUCACCUACACUGGGGAGACCCAGGACAUCACCUACACUGGGGAGACCCAGGACAUCACCUACACUGGGGAGAUCCAGGAGAUCACCUACACUGGGGAGAUCCAGGAGAUCACCUACACUGGGGAGACCCAAGACAUCACCUACACUGGGGAGACCUAGGACAUCACCUACACUGGGGAGACCCAGGACAUCACCUACACUGGGGAGACCCAGGACAUCACCUACACUGGGGAGAUCCAAGACAUCACCAAGACUGAGGAGACCCAAGACAUCACUUACACUGGGGAGACCCAAGACAUCACCUACACUGGGGAGACCCAAGACAUCACCUACACUGGGGAGACCCAGGACAUCACCUACACUGGGGAGAUCCAGGAGAUCACCUACACUGGGGAGACCCAAGACAUCACCUACACUGGGGAGACCCAAGACAUCACCUACACUGGGGAGAUCCAAGACAUCACCAAGACUGAGGAGACCCAAGACAUCACCAAGACUGGGGAUACCCAGGACAUCACCUAGAAGGGAAAAACCAGAGAGAUCGGCUGCAGUUGGAAGACCUAACAGAUCUUGUAAAAUGAAGAAUCCAAUGAAAGUGCCUACAGAGGACAUGACGCCCCGCCAGUCCGAUGAUGAUGAUGAUGAUGCUGUAGACUGCGAUGUGGACGACCGGAAUUGGUUACCUAGCAAUGGACUAGAGGCGGAACCCAUGAGUCCCAGCCAAUCAGAUGAUGAUGACGCUGCAGACUGCGACCGAGAUUGGGAGGAGGGGGACAGGCACACCCCAGAGCAGAGGGAGAGUGGUGACACGUCUCUCUCACCUCCCUCCGCCCCCCUGAAGAGCUGGGGUCCUGCCUCUCCCAGUACCUCUCUACUCUGGGGUCUGAAGAGGCUGUCUGUGCGGCUGGUCGACUGCAGAAAAACACAGAACAACAAGGCAGACAGCUCUAAUGGUCGCUCGCUCAGUGGGAGGGGCUUGCCAUCUGGAAAGGCCCCAGGGUCGAAAGUGAUCCAGCGAUCAGUCGAUUUGGAGAAGCCUUACAGCUGUGAUCAGUGUGGGAAAGGUUUUCUUACUCCAGUAGGUUUAAAGUCACACCAGAUAGUACACUCAGGAGAGAAGCCUUACAGCUGUCGUGUGUGUGGGAAGAGUUUCGCUAGAUCAGGUGAACUCGUAGUCCACCAGAGAGUACACACUGGAGAGAAACCCUUUCACUGCUCCGACUGUGGAAAGAGCUUUGCUGCCAUUAGUUCGUUGAUAACCCACCGGCGAAGACACACAGGAGAGAGGCCUUAUAGCUGUGAUCAGUGUGGGAAGAGUUUUGCUCAAUCAACGGCUUUAAAAUGCCACCGGCGAACACACACAGGAGAGAAACCGUACAGCUGUGAUCAGUGUGGGAAGCGCUUUGCUCAUUCACAGCUGCUGAAAGCGCACCAGCGAAAACACACAGGAGAGGAACCCGAAACACCUUACAGCUGUGAUCAAUGUGACAAGAGAUUCACUAUAUUGAGCAAGUUGAAAAUACACCAGAGAAAACACACAGGAGAGAAGCCUUACCACUGUGAAGUGUGCGGGAAGAGUUAUAGGUUCUCUUGCAUGCUGACAUACCACCAGAAAUCACACACAGGAGAGAAACCUUGCAGCUGCGACGUGUGUGGGAAGAGCUUUGCUCAUUCAAGCACCCUGGCAAGCCACAAUCGUAUACACACUGGAGAGAAGCCUUUCAGCUGUAAAGUAUGUGGGAAGAGCUUUGCCCAGACAGCUACACUGGCGGGUCACCUGCGAACACACACUGGAGAGAACCCGGAUAACCCCGUGAGGAGGCAGAAGCAGAGUAGAAGAGGGGAAGAAGAUGGAGGAGAGGCGUCGUACCUCUGCAGCGACUGUGGGAAAUGUUUCUCCUCGUUAAGUAAAUUGAACGUACACCAGAAGACCCACACAGCAGUGAAGUCCCACCUCUGCAGCGACUGUGGGAAUAGCUAUUACAGUGCAUCACACCUUAGGGCGCACAUGAGGUCCCACACCGAAGGAAAACCUUACCUCUGCACCGAAUGUGGGAGGCGUUUCAAGCUCCCACAGACUCUGAAAAGACACAUGCUGACGCACACUGGAGAGAAACCCUGCCACUGCUCCAUCUGUGGGAGGAACUUUGCGCAUCACCACUCUCUGAAAAUACACAUGCGAACUCACACCGGAGAAAAGCCUUACAACUGCUCACAGUGCCACCAAAGGUUCUAUUCGUCAUGCAACCUGGUUUCUCAUCAGCGCGUACACUCUGGAGAGAAGCCUAAUCACUGCGUCGAUUGUGGGAAACGUUUUAGCUCUAGGUCGAACUUACGUGCUCACCAGAAGUCAUCACACGGCAUAGAAACUUCACCAAAAGGGAUAAAGCGCCAAAGACAAGCGCCAGCUGGGAAGACACCUCAUCACUGCUCUAAUUGUGGCGAACAGUUUAAGUCUUUGUCCAGCUUACAUGUUCACGAGAAAACUCACAGGAUAGAAAUCCCACACCAGAUGUUUCCUUAUCAACCCUGGAUGUAUGGAGAUCAUUACUGAAUUACUAUGAAGGCAUCCCAAAUGGCACACCUAUACAGUGGGGAGAACAAGUAUUUGAUACACUGCCGA